CAAAACUCUUCCGUCCACAAUUCUGUCCAAUCCUAGCUAGUAGAUAUAGGGGGAAUUUGAACCAUCCUGUCCGAAGGCCUAAACUAAUCCCCUUUCCCUCUUUCAUGGCUUCUUUGCCUUCAGUUGCUCUUAGUGGCACUCUCAAGCUAGAGCCUGAACUCAAAAAACUUCCCGCUUCUUCUGUUGCUACAGAAAAGAGUCCGAGCAUUUCAUAUGAGAGAAGUCCAAUAAACAUCCAAUUGGAUGGAAGUUUAGCACCUAUUAGGCCUUUGGAUUUCCAAGAAGCUCUUUCUUUGAUAAAAGAGGAAAGAAAGAUUGAGCCCUCUUAUUACGUUCCCGUGUUACAAAGAUGCAUAGACAAGAAUUCAGUCUCAGAAACGCAGAUUAUUCAUGCCCACGUGAUAAAGACAGUAACCUCUGAAGAGCUUUUCUUGAUGACCUUUCUUGUAAAUGUCUAUGCAAAAUGUGGAGCCAUGGGAAGUGCCCUAAAAGUUUUUGACAACUUGCCUAGAAGAAAUGUUGUUGCUUGGACGAGCCUUAUGACGGGUUAUGUUCAAAAUUCACAACCAGAUGUAGCCAUUGAAGUUUAUCAAGAUAUGUUGGAAUCUGGGGUUUUUCCCUCGAAUUUCACUCUAGGUAUUGCUUUAAAUGCUUGUUCAUCCUUGAAUUCUAUCAAAUUGGGGAGACAGUUGCAUGCCUAUAUUAUUAAGUACGAGAUUGACUAUGACCCAAGCAUCGGAAAUGCUCUUUGUAGCUUAUACUCGAAAUUUGGCAGCUUGGAUUCUGCUGUUAAUGUUUUUCAGGGUAUUGGAGAAAAGAAUGUAAUUUCCUGGACUGCUCUUAUUUCUGCUUGUGGUGAAAAUGGUGAAGCAGCAUUGGGUUUAAGAUUUUUCAUUGCGAUGCUUUUUGAGGAUAUUGAGCCUAAUGAGUUCACAUUAACUUCUGUUUUGAGCUUGUGCUGUGUGAUGCUGGCUUUGGGUGCAGGGAGACAGGUUCACUCAUUGAGCAUUAAACUUGGCUAUCAAUCAAACCUACGCAUAAAAAAUUCUGUCAUGUAUUUGUACCUCAAAUGCGGAUGUAUGAAUGAGGCACAGAAUUUGUUCAAUAAGAUGAAAUCUACUAAUUUGGUUACAUGGAAUGCAAUGAUUGCUGGCCAUGCUCAAGCAAUGGAUCUCGCAAAUGAUGAUUUUUCUGCAUACCAAAGUGGAACUGAGGCACUCAGCAUUUUUUUGAAAUUGAAUCGCACAGGCUUGAAACCUGAUCAUUUCACCUUGUCAAGUAUUUUGACUGUAUGUAGUAGGUUGUCAGCCUUAGAACAGGGAGAACAACUUCAUGCUCAGACCAUUAAAUCUGGGUUUUUGUCAGAUGUUGUUGCGGGAACUGCACUUGUUAAUAUGUACAGUAAGUGUGGAAGCAUUCAGAGAGCCAGUAAAGCCUUUGUGGAGAUGUCUACAAGAACUAUGAUAUCGUGGACUACAAUGAUCACUAGUUUUGCACAGCAUGGUCAGCAUCAGCAAGCGCUGCAACUUUUUGAGGAUAUGAGGCUAGCAGGAUUUAAACCAAACCAGAUUACUUUUGUGGGUGUUCUUGCCGCUUGUGGCCAUGCUGGAAUGGUUGAUGAAGCGCUUGGAUACUUCGAGAUGAUGCAAAAGGAGUACAGAAUUAAGCCUGUGAUGGACCAUUAUGGAUGCCUGAUUGCUAUGUUUGUGAGAUUGGGUCGGCUAGAAGAAGCUUUUGACAUCAUCAAGAAAAUGGAUUUCAACCCCGGCGAGUUUAUGUGGUCGCUGUUGAUUGCUGGUUGCAGAUUUCAUGGGAAGCAAGAACUAGGAUUUUAUGCUGCUGAGCAGUUACUCAAACUCAAGCCAAAAGAUACGGAGACUUAUGUCAUGUUGUUGAAUAUGUACAUCUCUGCAGAGAGAUGGCAAGAUGUUUCCAAGGUGAGAAAAUUGAUGAAAGAGGAGAAACUAGGAAAAUUGAAGGACUGGAGCUGGAUUAGCAUAAAGGACAAGGUUCAUUCGUUUAAAACCAAUGGUCGGUUGCAUCCUCACAAUGCAGAGAUGUACAAUUUGUUGGAGGAAUUGCUAGAAAAAGCAAAAGGUCUUGGAUACCAACCGCUGCAACGGAUGGAGGUUAUUCAUGAUGACGAGAAAGAAGAGGAAAACAAUCCAAUCUCAUCUGCCGAAUACCACAGUGAGAGAUUGGCCAUUGCAUUUGGGGUUUUGAAUACUCAAAAGGAUGCACCAAUACGGGUUAUCAAGAGUGUCAUCAUGUGCAAGAAUUGUCAUGAUUUUAUUAAAGUAAUCUCAAAGCUGUGUAGUAGGGAAAUCAUCAUUCGAGAUAGCCGGCGGCUUCAUAGAUUUGUCGAUGGGCAUUGUUCAUGUGCAGAAUUUGGUGUUCUUCUUUGAUAUCUUGGUAUGGUUGUGUUGGAUUAAUCAUGAUUAUCAUUUUCUUCAAAUAUUUGACAAAAGUUGCGAAAAUCCAUUUCUCUUAACUGUUAGUAUGUUCAAUAGGAGAAGUCCAUUUGAACCAUAUAGGCUUUCUUUUUCUUUUU